AUGUACGCGGACCGAGAGGAGGCUCUGCGCAGCACACCGGGCGCGCCGACGCACCGCGGGACGGGUGCGCCGCGGCCUGAUUUGGAGGAGCGUGAACGUGAGCUGCAGGAACAGCUUCGUCGCCGCGCGGCCGAGUCGCGCCGCCGCGACGGGCCGGACGAGUCCCAUGCGUAUCGCGCGCGAUCGCCGGAUGCACACCGCCGCUACGACAGCCGCGCGAUGCGGCGGCGUGGAGACGAGGAGUACGAGAAUGGCCGCCCGCGCUCGUACGACGACCGCCGCGAUGCGCCGCCGCCGCCGCGCCGCCGGAGUCGGAGUCCCAUCGCGGACCGCGCGCCCCGCCGCAACGACGACUACGAAGUGCGCUCUGUCUUUUGCUCGCAGCUCCCGUCGCAGGUCGGCGAGCGCGAUCUCGGAGAAUUCUUUGAAGAGACGUUGGGCAAGGAUUCCGUCUUGUUUGUCCAGCUUGUGUACGACUAUCACAACGCGCAGUUUACCAACACGGCGUUUGUUGAGCUCGCGGACCCCCAGCUUGUGCUGCUUGCCAUUGCGAUGCACGGGCGCUCGAUGUUUGGCAAGCCGAUUUCGGUGCAGUCUGCCGAGGGCGCAAAACUCAAUGCGGCUGCCGACUGCCUCUUGAUGCCGCGGGCCGACGUGCACCCUCCCCCGCCGAUGCGCUCGCACAGCCCUGCGCCGCGGGGUGGUGGUGGUGGUGGCAGCGGCGGCGGCGCGCAUGGCGCCCCGGGACCGUCGGCACGUUUGUACGUCGGCAACCUGCACUACGACAUUGGCUCCGACCAAGUCCGUGCGGUAUUUGCACCGUUUGGCGAGCUGGACGAAGCCGAAGUGUACUAUGAUAAUGCAACUGGAAAGAGCAAGGGUUUCGCAUUCGUCCAGUUCAAGCACGCUGACGAUGCGCAGCGCGCCACCGACCAGCUCAACGGCUUCGAGCUGGCGGGCCGCCAGAUGCGCGUCGGCACCUCCAAGGCGCGUCCCCCGAGCGGCAGCCGCAAUGCGCACGCGGCCCCGCUCACGACGCGCUUUGACGAGGGCGGCGGCGGCGGCGUCAACUCGACCGAAAAGCGCUUUGCGCUCAUGGAAAAGCUUGCGCGCACUGAUCCCCAGUCGCAGGAGCCUAUGCGUCCUGCCUCGAUUCCCCGUGCGUCCAGCACGUCGCUCCUCCUCAAGUACAUGUUUAAUCCCGCCGAGGAGAGCGGCGAUUGGGCUGCGGAGCUGCGCGACGACGUGCGCCUCGAAUGCGAGCGGUACGGACCCACGCGGCAGGUCUAUGUGGAAAAGGACAGCCCCGACGGCGAAGUGUAUGUCGUGUUUGGCGAUGCGCACUAUGCCGAAAAAGCGCGCAGCGCGCUGCACGGCCGCUUCUUUGGCGGGAAGCGGAUCGAGGCCAGCUUCGUGCCCGAGGCCAUCGUCCACGCCAAGCUCGGUUGA